AUGUGUCCAGGGUUCGUUUUAGUUGAUCCUCGUCCUAUAAACGAUUUAAUUCUCGGAGAGGCUCAUCCUGGUAGCACACCAACAGUGGAAUUCGAAAUCUUUAUUUAUCGGGAUCAAAUUACUGGAAAUUGGUGGCUUGAGCUUGGAAUGAACCAUACUCAAAUAGGGUACUGGCCAUCAAGCAUAUUCAGCGGUGGGUUGAAAGACUUGGCCACAUAUGUGGAAUGGGGAGGAGAGACUUACAGUCCGCCUGGUCAAGUUGGCCCUCCAAUGGGGUCUGGUUUACUUCUGAGAGGUGAUAGUCGUUAUGAUGCAUAUUGCAGAGUAUUAACAACUAUAAACGAGGCACACAUCCAAGAAGAUGCUAAAAACACAGAAAAGGUUUCCAUUGAUAUUGACUUCUAUCAAGUUCAGGAUCAUGGAUUUAUACGUAGCUUUCGCCAUGUCAUGACAUAUGGGGGGCCAGGCCCUAGAUGA